UUGCGCUUCCCACCGCUGACGUCAUCUUCUAGAGCGACAGUUGGCGUGUAGUCUUUCGGCGUUAAGCGGACGGCAACAAAGCUGCCCUGCUUAUGUACGUUUUUAUCUCCUGGGAAAGGUUGAGUUAAUCAAGGUUGACAUUGACUCCGAAGCUAAAUGUGUUGGGAGGAAGUUGAGGUCUGGAGUUCGUUCGCAACAUGGCUGUUACAGGAUGUCCGACACCACGUGUUAGGAAGCGUUUGUGACGUCACCAGGUUGAUGUUCCGCGCUUCUUUCUGACCGCUCCUGUUGGUGGAAGAGGAAGGACUUGACGAUGGCACCGAGCAGUUAGCGGGCGAGGACCAGGGGGCCACUUUGCUGGUGAGCUUGAGGCCGAAGCCCGCAGCAGGAUCCCGGCUGUGGAGAGGCGAGAAUGCCGCGCAGGAAACAGUCCAACCCCCAGCCUGUCAAAUUGGAGUUGGAUGGCGGUGGUGUGGCUUGUGAUACCAACUGUCUGUUUCUGGAGAGCGAUGUUAUCCUCAGUAAGGAGUUGGAGUUUGGUGACUCUGAAAUCGUGGGAUUGGAUCAAGACAAUAGUGUGACCAUGUUCUCUCUGAGUGUGGACGAGCAUUCAUCACCACUUCCCGACACGUCUUUUCCAGCCUUCCUCUCGUGUAAAGGCUGUGGUCAGCUUCUCUGCCACACAGCAUUAGAAGCAGAGUUUGAUCUGGGUGUUGGCCUGGAUCUCGGAGCGGCCCUCUACUGUCUCACCUGUGAGCCCGUUGUCCAACGCGCCGCUUCAGUCAAUUCAGCCCGAGCGGAGGACGCCAAGAUGGUCGGCACUGUUGACAAGAAUAAAGUUAGCGAAGGUGAAAUGUACGGCGCCAGCGAUCUUCCGCGUAAAGUCCACUCCUGCUCGCUGUGCACCUUCACCUCCCGUUACUCCAACCACCUGAAACGCCACAUGCGCAUCCACGACGGCCAAAAGCCGCAUCGCUGCCCUUUAUGCCCGUAUGCCUCGGCGCAGUUGGUCAACCUGCAGCGGCACACGCGCACACACACGGGAGAGAAGCCAUACCGCUGUCAUCAGUGCAGUUAUGCCUGCAGUUCCCUUGGCAACCUGCGGAGGCACCAACGCCUUCAUGCGCAGGAGCGUCGGCCGAGGAGGGACCGAGGCAUCAGAAAAGCCAUGAGGAGAAAAGAGAAGAGUAAGAGCAAAAAAGUCGCGUCGGAUUUGACGCUGCAAGUCUCUCAGGACUCUGCUUACCUGCAGCUGCAGGACAGACUGACCUCCGCAUCCAACCUGCUGCCCGUCCUGCUCUUCCCACUCUGCUGCCGCCUGUGCGGCGUCACGCUGGAGGAGGCCGACAUGGAGGAUGUCAACAUGGAGGAUGGCGAGGACGGCGAAUGGCAGGUAUGUCGUCGCUGCUCUUUGGACUCGCUGAUCAAAGAUGGUCUGGCUCGUCCCAAUGUCCCACUUGCGCCUCGGGAGCCACGACGGCGUGGCAACAAGCUCUACCGCUGCUCCCUCUGCCCCUUCCUGUCCCGUUACCCCAAUCACUUGGUCCGUCAUUCGCACACCCACUCUGAGGAGAAACCUCACCCCUGUCCACACUGCCCCUACACCUCCUCGCACCUGGACAACCUCAAACGGCACAUGCGCGUGCACACGGGCGAGAAGCCAUACCAGUGUCCGUCUUGCAUCUACGCCUGCGGUAACCUCGCCAACCUGCGCCGCCACGAGCGCAUCCACUCGGGCGCCAAGCCGUUUCACUGUGACAUUUGCAGCUACUCCUGCAACCAGAGCAUGAACCUUAAAAGACACAUGCUGCGACACAGUGGCGAGAAGCCGUACGCGUGCGGAGAGUGUGGCUACACCACGGGACAUUUGGACAACUACAAACGCCAUCAGAGGAAACAUGGACACUGGGACCAAAAGGUGGCUGAACACAGCCUUAACUAAGACAAAGAACCGAGGGAACUGUGUGUGUGUGUGUGUGUGUGUGUGUGUGUGUGUGUGUGUGUGUGUGUGUGUGUGUGUGUGUGUGUGUGUGUGUGUGUGUGUGUGUGUGUGUGUGUGUGUGUGUGUGUGUGUGUGUGUGUGUGUGUGUGUGUGUGUGUGUGUGUGUGUGUGUGUGUGUGUGUGUGUGUGUGUGUGUGUGUGUGUGUGUGUGUGUGUGUGUGUGUUGCUCAGGUAGCAGGUAAACUCAGGUGCCUUCCACCAACACACUGUAAAGCUGAGAUCAAUGGGAUUGCUUAUCAGUGUGGCAAAGAUGUUGGCGUAUUUUCAUUAAUUGUCUCUUGUUUGUGUUUUGCAGCGUUCACAUGUUUGAAUUAUUUCUUUAUGUAUACCGUUGCAGUCACAUUUUUUAAGUUUGCCAGUUUAAGGUGUUUAUUUCUUGAUCGGCACUUUAUUAUCAUCACCGUUAUGCAAAACUGGCUUUAGUGUUCCAGAUUAGAAUUUGUAAUCAGUUUGGGUCUUCCUGAGUAUAAUUUAUUUGCAUACAUAUGUACUGUAUGUACAAUUGUUUGAACUGAAGAUGGUUGCAGUUGCUUAGAAUUGGCUACAAAAGACAUUCAGUUUAUAUAUAUCUAAAAAGUAUUCACUGAGUUCCUUGGACUCUUUGACACUAUCAACGAAACUCACAACAAUUGGAAAUUCAGUGACGCGCUUUAAAGGCCUACUGAAAUGAUUUUUUUUUAUUUAAACAGGGAUAGCAGAUCCAU